AUGGAGCUGCCAUUCGUAGCGCCCUCCAGCGCAGACACCGAUGACGCUGGUCGCAAGUCCAAACUCCUCGCUUUGCUCGACCGCGCCCGCGUGAACCGCGGUCUCCAACCGGAACAAAACGGCGACACCGUGGACGAAGAACAAGUGAUGGACUACAGACCUCCUCCUAUCAAAACCGAGCCGACUGAUAUAAAGAGCGAACAGAUUAAUGAUCUGCAUCAACAGCAACACACACCCAAGUGUACAUGCAAUCACAGCCACCAGUCAUCCCCAGUGUCAACAAACAAUGCAUCACAGGCUCUACCAGCCUCAGGACGCCGAGAACGAGGCUUUAAUGGCAUCUCAACACCCGAUAACGAAAGCUCAGCGUCACAUACCACCGUGACGUCCACUGGAUCGUCGAUAAAUGCCAUGUUUAUCAAUUCCGAGGUCGUUGGAGGCAGCUUAACGGUCAUUCAGACUGCGGGUGAAGAUGCCAGACAGAGCGACACCUCCCAUGCUUCUACUGCUCGCGUUGCUGUCCUGAGCUCGGCACCAAAGCCACGUAUUGCAGACCUAACGGGUGGCAGAGAUAAAGUCCCGCGACUCCAACAGCUUAAACCCCUGGAAGUACCGAGAAAUCCUACACACCAACCUCAUUUAGAGGAAAAGCGCCCUAUGAAACGUGAACUUCCUGCACGAGAUGAACCCAAACAACCCCGUACAAAACCUUCCCAUACGAAUACAUCGCUCAUGCUGAAAAAGCUGGAGCUGCUCACACCGGACGAGUACGAAGACUCGGAACUCCAUGGCGAUUUCCAGCACAUGCUGCACAUUUUGAUCCCUUCCAACGCCACUACCGCUCUUCUGGAACGUCGUGGGCAGCCAAUUCAAAGCAUCAGUCAGCAAUCAGACUGCACACUAUCCAUUCGCGAGCCGGAGGCCUCGCCAUUCAAAGACGAUCGCUUGUUACGCAUCUACGGGAAAGCCAAAGGCAUCAGUUUAGCUCAACGGCUUGUCAUCGCGUACAUUCGAGCGUAUCGAGCCGAUAAAGGAGACCCAAACUACAUGGAUUUAACCAACGAGUCCCCUCCCGUUGCACUCCCUGCCACGUCCAUUACUAAAGCUAUGAGCGUCGCUGUCUCUGGGAAGAAAAACGAACUGGAGUUCACUAGUCCGUUUGUCUGGAUGGUCCCGCGUGAAGACGUGGGUAAAAUGAUGGGGCGACAGGGCAGUAUCCUCGCAGCAAUCCGCCAGAACACAGGAGCAGCGAUUCAUCUGGAUAAGGACAGCGUCCCCGGCACUUCCGAGCGUCGAGUGGUCCUGAUUGGCACUGUGGACUCUAUCGCUGCAGCGAUCGAAGAGAUUAAAGCCAGAUCUGGUGGACAUCCGGAGGUAUCAGCAAGUCCGAGUGGCAGACUUGGACAGUAUUUCGCCAUCCCGUAUCACACCUCUGGCUUCCUUAUCGGUCCACAAGGCUCCACUGUUAAGAGUAUUACUGAACGUACCGGUGCUCGUCUACAAAUUCCUUCAGCGGAGGACUUACCGUUGGGUAGUGUGAACCGCAUUCUACACAUGCAAGGCGCUCCUAAAGAAGUAGAACACGCCCGACGUGUCGUUGGAGCCAAGCUACGUGACUAUCUGGCUUCGAACAAGUGUCCACAAACAGUGACACCGAUCUCAACUGGUCGGAAGGGCGACAAAGUCACGAUCAAGACGCUGUUGCCGUCGAGAAUUUGUGGCUUUAUGCUGGACAACAGAGGUAAACUUAUUCGUGAGAUCUCGGAAAAAUCGGGCGCUCACACACACCUCUUAGCGCCACAUGAUGAUGAAAGUCGAGUCUGUGUAUUUAACGGAGAGAUGAGCUGUGUGCUACGUGCACAACGUCUGGUGUUACAGGUCAUUGCAGGAGAUGCGAUCUCUUCGAAACAUACAGCCAUACCGAGGAAACACGUGAUGAAGGCCAUGAAGAGCGUCCACGCCGGCCAAUUCGACGGCCAGUCACUCGUCCACGCGAGUACGUUGAAGAAUAUCACGACUAUGACCAUGAAGACUACGACCAUGACGAAUAUCAUGAAGAGCGAGUACCGUACGACGUACCCUACUCUCGUAUUCCUAAGAGGCCAAUCGUACGUCGACAGCCUCGUAGACAUCAAGAGGAGUAUGAUUCCGACUAUCAAGAGUACGAUGACUACAGCUAUGAAGACGACAGUGAUGACUACGAACACUCAUUAA